AUGAGACCACAUGUUCCUGUUAUUCUUUUUAUUCAGGAUGAUCUUGCUUUCAAAUUAGAAUAUGUGCACCCAUAUUUAGAUGGCGUUUAUAAUCCACGGAACCGUACUUUUCGAGCAAGCUGCUUCAACAGCCGGAAACUAAGUCCAGUUUUCACUGGUGGGCCAGGAGUUGAUGAAGUCCCCCCAAUAUGGGUUGAUCGAGCUGGUGUCAAAGCUAACAUUACAGAGAAUUUCACCCGACAAAGUAAAUUCACUUACGGACUUGUCAUGGAAGAGAUAACAACACGUGAUGAAAGCAGUCAUAUCUCUCCCAGUGGUCAAAGAGUGCUGCCAAGUGGAGGCAUCAGCGCAGAUGGACCUCCGACCACUCUAAGUGGUACUGGUGUUGAUCGAAUGGCAUUUCUACAGGCAAAUAUCACACGUGAUAAUACCAAGUUUGUAAAUGGAGCUAUAGUUGGUGAGAGGAAUGUAUUCCAGGUGGACCAAGGACUUGGCAUUGGCAGCAAGUUUCCAUUCUUUAACCGCCACCAACUAACAUUUACACGAUUUCUCCAACUAAAGCAAGUGGAAGAAGGAGCCAAUAAACCACCACCACCUGUUCUAGUCCUUCAUGGCCAUUAUGGAGGUUGUGUGGGUGACUUGCCAAGUUAUGAUGCUUUUACUCUUGGGGGCCCCUAUUCUGUGAGAGGUUAUAACAUGGGUGAGUUAGGUGCAGCUAGAAACAUUAUUGAGCUUGGAGCUGAGCUUAGAAUACCUGUGAGAAAUACACAUGUAUAUGCAUUUGCAGAGCAUGGCAAUGAUCUAGGAAGUUCGAAGGAUGUAAAGGGUAACCCAACAGAGGUCUACAGGCGAAUGGGUCAUGGUUCAUCAUAUGGUGUCGGUGUCAAGCUAGGUCUAGUGAGAGCAGAGUAUGCUGUUGACCAUAACACUGGAACUGGUGCAGUCUUCUUCCGAUUUGGGGAAAGAUAUUAAAAUGUGAUUUAGGUCUAAUUUUGCUUAAUACAGGGUGGCCAUUUGGGUUUUCUAGUUACCGUUAGAGCUGUUCUUGAUCUUAUAGAUCUUUUAAGAUACAUGGAACUAGUUAUAAUAAUACUUCAGCGGCUUUCUUGUUUCAAAUAAUUAUUGUAUUGAAAAUCUUGUGCGUUAUAUUUUUAUCCUAUUUUGUACAAACUAAGGGAUCGCGAGGAAAUUGUUGGUGCUUGAUUAUGCUUUUUGUA